UUGUCAUGUUCCACAGAAAAAUUUAAUUAAUGCAAGCCCCUUCAUAUUUUCCAUAAUAUCUCUAUAUUUCUUCCCAGCAAAAUGGCCACAUCCAAGCCCUCGGUGACUUAUGUGGACUACAUAACUGAUGAAGAAUCCCCACCGCCAGAAACACCCAAAAAGAAACGCCUUACCAAGGCCGAGAAAAGGGAACGGAAGAUGAAGGCCGAAAUUGAGUUCCGCAAAAUGGAAAUGUAUGACAACUUGAGACGCGAAUUGGCAUUGGCCAAACAAAGUUCGUUGCGUGGUCAGGAGGAAUGGACGGACAUGUGUAGGCAAAUUAAGUUGGUGCAAAUGCAGGAGGAGUUACAGUCCUGGGAAGCUAAAACCAAUCGGGUCCUAACCCAAAAGGAUGAUAAAAUUUCCUUAAUUCUUGAGGAAAUCAGGGAAACUGAGGAGAUGCAUAAACGAAACUACGGAAUGCAAUUAAAGGUGAUGGAUUAUUUGAGUGACACUUUCAAGGUAUUCCAAAAUGUCGCAAAACUCCACUACGAAGACCAGGCAGCCGAAGUACUCCACGACUUCUACAAUGAAACCGAAGAAAAGAAGCAUAUUGAGGACAGGUACCAGCGAAACUGUGAAAAUAUUAUGCAUGCCACAAAUCUCGUAACUGCCGAAAACCUACGCGAAGAUUUCGAAAUUUACCUUGACAAACGAAAUGACCAGGUCAAUACGGAAAUUGAAAAGCGCUAUAUCCUACGUGAUGCCAUAGCAAAGAAAAUGCAAAAAUUACAUAAACAACUCUUGCAAUUUUUGGAUACGAUACGAAAUGCCUCACUGGAUCCGCAUAAAGAUGAAAGGGUCAGAACGUUAGUGGAACGCCAACGGACAUUUGUGGUGGAGUCAAAGAAAUUAAAUGAUACGGAAAGGAAAUUUGGUCGCCAACAUGAAGAUUUGCGUGAGGAAAUUUUGCGUGAAGAAGUGGAAGCUCAGCGUAAAAUUAACGAUUUGAAAUUGGAACAAAAAUAUUUUUUGAAUUUACGCAAAGAGAUUGAAGAGAGAAUGCAGCGCAGUGCUUUGGAUAUGCAUGAGAAGUUGAAAAUUGUAACCAGCGAGUGUUAUGGGAUUUCAAAGGACUAUCAGAAACUUCAAAAAUAUGGCGAUCUUUUACUCUCCCUUGCCGCAAAUUGUCGCAAACUCCAAACAGAAUCGGAAAAAGUAGUUCCCUGGGGUGACUUUCGCGAAAUGGAAUCCACUGAAAUGCCACAGGAAGAUUUCAUACUUCAAACCAUAGAUCUCCAAUCCCAUGUGGACUUAAAUGAAGUUGAGUUGAAAAAACAAAUUGAAUUGAUGCAAAAUUUUUGGCAACGCCAAUCGAUUGCCGAGGCUCAGGCCAUUAUUUUGGAAAAACGGAAGCAAGAAUUGCUCCAGGAGAAUCAAAUUUAUAUCGAUAAAAUCAAAUCCCUUAGUAAAACGGAUAAUGUUGAGGAUUUGCGUAAGGCUCUGCAUGUCCAAUGUGUGCUGGAGGAAGAACCUCAAUGUCCUGGUUUCAAGAAAUCUUAGAUCUUCACUUUAUUUUUACAAAUAUUUUUUUAUAAAAAAC